UUUGGUGACGCAUCUGAACCUGGAAGUCAAGCUAUGAGGGAGGUUAUGAGGCGGUAAAGCACUUUUCACACACUCAGACUAUUCCUCCAGGUAAGGUGGAGAAGGAGGAGGAAGAGGGGGGUAGGUGAAGGGGGGAGGGAGGGGUCUUUGCUCCUGAUCGAGCUGCCUGACAGUUCCGCACUAUCGGUUGUCAGCAGGGGGACUCUCUUACCUGUUGUACCUGUGCGAAGGAGUGCCACUCGUCAUCGUCCGACUCAAAAUCAGGAUCAACUUUUUCGUCCUCCAGGAGCCCGGAGAGGUAAAAGUCGGCGAGGAAGGCUGGGAACUGAACCAGCGACUGCAGCAGGACUCCAAGCAUGGAGCCUAUCACGUCGUGGAGCGAGGACCGAGUCAGCGAGUGGCUCCAAGGUGAGCAACAUACCGCGCUGUGUGAUGUGAGCUUUUUUUUUUUUUUACACGCCUUGAUCGCCUCACAGGUACUUUGGCUCGGACCGUGGAGUCAAAAAUAGACGCGCCACACUAAAUCCUCUUGGGAGUGAAAAGUGGAGGGGGAAUGAGGAAGUGGACAGGGCUGAUAGCAGAGCCACAACAGACCUUUUUUUUCGAUCAAGGUGGUAUCUUUAGAAACAGACAGACUCCAUGUUUACUACUUUCACAGUAGGACGUGUUGCGUUCACGUGUCUUAGUAAUUGAUACAUUCCUUAGCAGAGCAGGUAAACUGCAUAUUCCUCUAUAAACUGCACAGAUUAUGCAGAUUUCUUUUUUUAAAUAUUACUUUAUACCACACUACAUAACAGUGAAGACCAAAUGUAGCUGGCAGGCCUUUUGGAAAGCUCAACUAUGCCUCAUUUUGAUUAAUACUGCAAUUGCAAGUGAACUUUAUCAACUAAACCGAACCAAACUCUCGGAUUGAAUGCAUUUUUAAAUGUUUUAGUAUAUCACAAUUGCUAACAUGAGAGUGUUAAAACUACUUCAACUAAAUACAAACUGAAAGUAAGACAUCAUAUGCAAUGUGGGGUCACAAUGUUCCAGUGGUAGCUAAUAAUAAAACUAUGACUGUGGGUACUUUUACUUUGAAAGGUUGAGUACAUUGUGUUUUUUUAUGCUUCACCUGUAUUAAACUUGAAAAGCAGAAUUUAUGUCGUUAAAGGACUGUAUUUUUCCAUCAUAGUGUUUUUCUUAAGCCUAUACUGGGCUCUUUUGUGCUUUUAUUUUGAAGGUUUUUUAACUAAAAGUCAGUACAACAGAAACCUAUGCAGCCAAAAGUUUCUAAAUCCAUAUUAUAACGUUAACGUGGUAGGUAGGUAGGUAGGUAGAUAGAUAGAUAGAUAGAUAGAUAGAUAGAUAGAUAGAUAGAUAGAUAGAUAGAUAGAUAGAUAGUAUGGUAUGGAUUGGUAUGGCUUAUUAUUAUUAUUAUUGUGCAAGAAAAUCCUUAUUCAGUAACACAUGUCAGCCUUUUUUUUUAGAUCUUAUUGCCCAACAUUUCUCCAAGCUUAUAGGCUACUUCACUUAGGAUGCCUGCAGCCCUUUCAGUCCACGCUACCUCUGCAUGUCCCUGCCUGCACAUGCCAAGGACUCUCUGCCUAUAUUAGGUUACCAUUCAUACAUAUUUACUACAUGCAUGUUUCUGUGUGUCCCCCUGCCAGGUCUGGAUGCCCCCCUGCAUCAGUACCCAGUGUCAGAGUGGCAUUUGUCAGGUGUGGACCUGCUGCAGCUGACCUCCAAGGACCUGGACAGACUGGGAGUGUAUAAAAUCGGACAUCAGGAGCUCAUACUGGAAGCUGUGGAGAAGCUGUGCUCUCUGGUGAGUCAGGAAGCGGAUUCACGUGUGUUUGUGUACAGUAGGUGUCCAUAGCAGCGCUCUGUGUAUCCAAGGCUCUGUGUGCGUGUGGCAGAGAGAAGGGUAUUUACCAAGCAGGCUACUCCUUGUCUGGGGAUACUCCUGAUAUCAGAGCAUGGGAGGGUAUUUUUCUGCUGUUGCGCUGUAUUCAGACCAUGUACUUGCUUGCACAGUGGAACCAGCAGCCACUUUUAUUUGCAAGUCCAGGCUGAAUACACAAUUGUGUCAUCCAAGAGCCUUUUGCAGCACCACAUUUUGACUUCAUUGCUUUUCUUUGCUUUGCCUUUUUUACAUCCAAAUUCCCCUUUUCAAGCAUAUCAUGUUGAAAUAGUGAAGACUUUAUUUUCUGGCUAACCUCAAAGGACUCCAUGCUUUAGCACCAAUCCAAACAGACUGAGAGCAAAUAUGCUUUUGCUCAUUACUUGUCAUGCAAAUUUCUAGGAAGAUUUUUGCUCUGCUUUAAGAAAAGAGAGAGAAAAAAAAGUCUUAUGGUUUGAUACUUUUCCUUUUUUUUUUUGUCUGCCUAAUUAAAUUUCCUCCUCGUCCAAUUUUGUGAGGGAGUUUCAGGACACUUAAAUAGUGGCGUUGGUGUGUAGGGGUGUUUUUGUGUUUCCAGAAAGGCUUUUGUUUCAUUGGAAGGACUAAUUGAGCCAGGCAAGGCUCCAGCUCUGGUGGUGUAACAGUCUUUGAACACCAAGAAAAAGCUCAAGCUGCUUAAACUGCACAUUGUGGGAUUGUUGCAAUACAGUUUGAAAUGUUCAUUAACAGUUCAAAUCAAAUUCAACAAUAAUGAGUGUGUGAAUAAAGCCCACCCGUCGUUCAAACUUCAAACAGGUGUGCGAGACAGGCAGAUUGAAGGAAAGUUUCAAUCCAUUUCAAGGAUUUACAGUUCUGAUAGUGAGCUUUUGUGUGUUUAUGUGUGCAUGCAAAUCUUGUCUGGAUGCUGCAUGGAAGGCUAACACAGGGCUCAUUCAUAAAAACAACCAUCAGACACUCACAUGGAGCAGACCAAACACGCUCAAGUGCAUGGUUACAUAAUUAACGACUACAAAGUCGGCAAGGCCAUGAAAAAUUCAUGGCCACUUGUUGAUGGAGGAUUGUUCCAGCUGGUCGACGUUUGACAACAAAGCCUGAGUGGUCCGGUCUUUCCGACCACCGAUGAGUGGGUUUGACAAUAACUAUCUCCUUUUGUUGUCAGGCGUGUGAGGUAAAAGACGCUCUGUCUUGUUAUGUUAGGAACAUUUAUUCAAAGCCACAAUUUGAUGUGGCAGCUUUGGUUGAUUUUUAUUGUGUCAAAGUGACUGAGAGGUGUUUAAGUCUUACAUAAAUAUGGUGAAAAAAAUUCUACCUCCUCCAUAUAGCAUUCACAGCCUCCGCCUUAUGAGGAGAAUCUGCUGCCUUCAACAUUAAGAUGAAAUUUUAUUCUGUUUGAAAAAGUUCAAACCAAAAAUUGACUUAACUGUGAAUGUUUCUUAGCAAUAAAUCUUAAGUUAGUCUUACAUGAUAAAAUGGGCAGUUUGACAUUGGCAGGGAUUCCCAAGCUGUGUGCUGUGACCUACAGGUGAGCCUGAAAGAGCUGCAUGAGGUCAUAAACAAAAAAUUCACAAAAAAGACAGAAUCCACCUUUAAUACAGUUGAAAAAAGACACCUUUAAUACAGUCUGUAGUUGUGAUAUCUUUCCCUUAAAACCAGCAUCAACUUUAUAACAGUGUGAGCCCCAGUUGCUCUUCUGUUGGACCCUGUCAACUGUUAAAGGGAUAUUCCAACGUAAAAUUAAUUUAGGGUCAAACACACUGUAACACCGAGUUAGACACCCCCUUGAGAGAUGAAUGUUGCUGACUGCUUGCCCCUCUAGUUUUACCAGCUUUAGUAGCCACCAAACAUUUUUUUUAGCUUUGCCUAAUUUCUUUGGCAAAGAGACUAAACACAACUCACCCACUCUCUUUCAGCAGCUGCUUGUUUGUAGCGAGCACUCAGGCCAGUCCAUUACAGACUGCUGCGGGGUGACACAGCUCAAGGAAGAACAUUUAUGAUCAUUACUUUAUCAUUUCCUUAAAGUAAUAAUCACCAUAUUAAUCAUUUUGCACUGCAGACGUGGUAGUUCUUCUGCCUUAGCGUCUUGGUCAAUUACAUUUCCAUGAAGAAAUGAUCACAAAUGUUCUUCCUUGAGCUGCGUCAUCCCGCAGCAGUCUGUAAUGAACUGGCCUGAGUGCUUGCUACAAACAAGUGGCUGCUGGAAGAGAGGAGGUAAGUUGUGUUUAGUCUCUUUGCUAAAGAAAUUAGGCAAAGUUAAUAAGAUGUUUGGUGGCUAGUCAUAUGGCUGGGACCCUUUAUGUACUGUUGAUGAAGUUAGGUGCUGUUCUGAGCAUUAUUUGUGGCUAUAGAGUGGUGUUUUGGUUAAAGUUUGUGUGUGGCUCCUCAGAUCGCUGUGUAUUGCUAUCGUGCGGUCGUUACUAAAGUUGGUAUAACUUGAAAAGCAAGCGGUCAGCAACAUUCAUCUCUCGACGGAGUGUCUAACCCAUUGUUACGGUGUGUUUGACCCUAACAUAAUUUUACGACGGAAUAUCCCUUUAACUUUUAGUAAGCACUGACCCACAUUCUUAGACUCAUCUGUUUUUGUUGUUUCCAGCAAAUCAAAUUUAAGGAUGAACUGUACACUUGUAUCUUUUGUAUCUUUUUUUGUUUGUUUGUUUUGUUUUUUGUAUGAUGUGAGCUAACUGGGUCUGAAAUAAAGUUUUAAAUUUACAUUACAUUACAUUACUUGCUGCCUAACAUGUUCUACCACACUGACAGGUGCUGUAAUAACUACAAAAUCACUGUUACUCACUUCAGCUGUCCGUGGUCUUCAUGUUUUGGCAGAUUUAUGUAGUUGGUUAACAGUUUUGUGGGGUUCUUGAUUUUAAUGUAGCUAAAAAAACAUCCUUUUCACCCCUCAGUGUUAGUACGUGUCUCCAUGAAUCUCCUCUAAGAGCAGCAAUAACCUUUCACAACCAACAUACUUCUUACAUCCUCAAAAAGAUGCAGACUAAAAAGAGGAAACAACUUUCACUGCUAUUUGAGUGUACUUUCUCCUCGUCUGUUUGAGCUGUUUUAGGUCAUUUUAUGUCAUGAAAUCUGUAUUAAACAGCAGAACUCUGUCUUCUGUGAAGAGUUGGGACACUUGAAACAGCACAUGCUCAUCUUGUGUACCAGCUGUAAAAUAUCUCAGAAGUGGAAAUAACUAGUCCCAUGUGUGUUUGAUCUGAGUGUGUACAUGUGCUCUACAGACAUAUGGUAUAGGGGGGGAGAACCUGCGUGGCCUCACAGAGAAGCUGCGCGCUGUGGCCCACACCCUCCAGAUGGGCAUCCAGAGCCGCUGGCGCCUCAACAGCUACGAUGGAGGCAUCACCGUCAGGCUGCCUGCAGGAGUCCUGCAGGUUGUAGUGGAGCUCAUCACUUCUGCCAAAGGACUCUUCUCUCUGCUCAACAGGUCUGUAAAGAGGGAGUUAUCUAACUGUUAUAUAUACAGUACUCCAAAUUCUAUUUUGUUCUGCAGUUAUUUUUCUCUAGGAAAGUGAUCUUUGGUGUCUCUCACAAAAAUAGCUCUGGCUGUAGUUUUUGUUGCUCAGGGUUUUAUGUAAAAAGGAUCGCAGUAGGUGAAAGUGGUUUACAGCUGUAGCCUUUGUACAGGAAUAUUUUUGUCUUUUACUUUUUUAACUUUCCUCUCAAGUGUUUCUUUCUUUUUUUAAUCUCUUAGCGCAAUUGCCCCUAAAUUCGUAACUUUGUAUUUCUUCAUGUCUAUCACCGGCGUGAAACCAAAUCACUGUCCAGACUUACUGGGGCCUGAGCACUGCAAAUGCAGCAGAACUUCUUUUAUAUCUUCUUCCCAAAAGGUUUUUUGCAAGGCCCUUAAACACUUUAAAACUUGCUAAACUUAACACACACCAAAAGUAGUGAUAAAGUUGUUGUUUUAUAAGUCUUGUGCAAGAGUGUAGCAAAUGGCUCCAUUGCACACCCUUGAAAUGUUCAAUAUAGAUAUCCCCAUAGUCCCUUCUUCCACUUAAGUAUGAUUGAUCAUACCAAGACUGAUAAAAAAAUCUUCUUGUAACCUACACCUAACAGUACUUUUGUCAGGUCAGUUAUUUUUUCCCUUGUUUGUCUCUUCAGGUAUCAGUUUUCUCAGCUCAGUGGAUAUACAACCAGCAAGAACAUCUUCGAUUACUGCAGAGAGCUGGGAGAAAUCGUCCACAAGGUUUGUCUAUUUCUGGCAUAAAGCAGUCAUUUCAUUGACCUCUUGUAACACAGAAUUGCUUGUUUAGUUGACUCCACUGCUCAUGUGUUCACGUAAACGUGAGGUUUUAUCUUAAGAGGAACUAUACCUGGGUGAACCUGGUUUCAGAACUUCCAAAGAGGAACAACAACCUGUGGUUUGGUCAGCUUGUUUUUGCUUGUUUUUUUUUAGUCAGACCUUAAAGUGUAGCAAGAAAAACAGGAGCACAACUCCCUUUUCUUCGUCAUUCGUUAUCUUUACAUUCCUGGCAUAUUUGCAGGCGGCUGUACCUUGAAGAAACUGUGGUGGAAAGGAUUGCCUAUGAAGAGGUCUGGUUUUGUGUGUGUUUACACCUUUGCUCUUGUUAGAAAUAUCCUUAAGAAAUAUAGAAAAGGAAGCAAUAGUAACAGCUGGAUAACUGUAUAAAAAGUGCACACAGGUAGCUAAAAACGACAGGCCUGGAUAUGUUAGAGCCCAGAGGAGGGAGGCAAAAAGGGGGAAGGCCGAGAAAGAAGGAGGAGACUGAGGGAGGGACUCCACUCGACUGCUUAAUGACUUUUAACUCCUGCAGGAGCGCAUGCCACUGAAUGAACAGCAGGGAGCCACAAGCAGACAGAGAAGACUAUCUCUGGGAGGACUCUAUAGUGACAGGAGAGAUUAACGGGAUGACACAAGUUCAGAGAAAAGAGACAAAGACAAGAUGAAGCUGCAGAUAGAAGCAGAGUGAGAGAUUAUUAGAGAGAGAGGUAAAGAGACUGGAGCUGUGGGUAAAAGAGGAGGUUCAGUAUUUAGAGGGGUUUAUAUUUAGACCUUUAUAACCGGCUCUGGACGCUUGCCAAGCACGACAGGUACAGUUUUCACCCCUCUGAUUGGAUAAUUCUCCACAAGGUGAUAAUGCUUGUGCUACUUAAACACUUUGUUUGACUGCUUAGAACAGAUCAAUCCCACACAGCACAGAUUGUAGCUUUUGUCAUUGCCUGUCGUGAUGUUUUUGCUGUUUUUAAAAGAAGUGGUGGAUUAUAUCCGUGGCUUAAUCUUGCUUUAAACAAUAAUUAGACAUUUUUCAAGUUUACAAUUAUGAAGUUGAACAAGAACAAGCCUGGGGACACUUAUGUGAUGAAUAAAGAGUUGGCGCAUGGACAUAAUUCAUAGGGGAUCAGGUUGAGAGGAAGGAAGUAUGGUUUUCAGAGAGUCUUGUUGCCCUGAUAGGAUGUUUUUAACAGUGUAAGGUGAAUCAUAUCUGUAACCCAUUGAAUGUUGUUUUUACUCUGGAUGAAUGGUACAGCACCGGGUGAGCUUUAAAUGAGUUUGAGCUUUGACUGUUUUUGCCUGAUGGUCAUCGUUUGGUUAUGUCUGGCCAUUGUUUAGUCCAUUCCUGUUAUUGAACUUAGAGUGUGGACAUUGUGUUAAAGCUUUACAGGUGGUAAUAAAUGUUGAAAAGGAGAAGCAGGUGGGUAUAUGUCUAACUAGCUUGUGAGUAGAGUAUAAACUCUGCAUAUGUUUAGGCAGGUGUGGUGUAGAACUAAAGCUCUUUGCCGGUAUCAGCUAAAGCUCAUUUUUGAAAAGAGAAAUCUGACAUGCAACAGACUUCAUCUGUCAGUUUAAGUAUCAUCAGAGCAUUAUUAACCUUCAGGGUGGGUAUAUAGAAAAUGUACAUGUCUUCAUGAUGAUCACAUCAUCAUGUGGCAUUUCAAAGUUUCGAAGUUCAGCGUUAUGCUUGUUUGUUUCAUGGCAUCUGUUUCUAGAAAACCAUCAGCGAAUAAGCUGACAUCAUCUUUUUGCAUUUCCAGAAAGGACUUUUUUUUCCUGGUGUUCUGUGUGUGUGUGUCUGAGUGCUUUUGUGUUUCAUUUGGCCUCCCCCUAAGGGCCCUCAAGGUCUGCAGUCAGCUGGUGUUGUUGGGAUCCCACACUGGCGUUGUCAGGUCUCAGAUUCUCAUUCAGUGUCAGUGUGCUCUGAGCUAGGAAAGUCACAGAGAGGAGAGAGGGACGAGAAUGUAUUAAGAGGGCUCUGCGCACCGUGCACUUCGAUCUGAGGGCAAAAAUUAAUUUGAGGAGUUAUAAGAAGGUAUGUGACUCUAAUAAUAACUUUAAACCAAGAAAAGGAAAUCACAUUGGGAGAUUAAGCAGCUCCUAAAUCAUUUUCUAACUGUUUCCUUUUUUUAAGGGCUCCUUUUUGUUAUGUAAUGAACGUCUUUGCCCAAGAAUAUUAUCAUAGAAAACAUGAUACUAAAAACAGCUCCAUUAUGCUUAAAAGGCAAUGAACGACAUCUCUUUGUUUUGGCAGACUUAUUUAAAGCUCAGGAUGUAGGAAAAAAUGAGAGGCUUGAACGCAACUUUUUUAUGGUGCCAAAAAAAAGAGAGUUUGAAAAACAGGCUGCAGAAUUUAGUGGAAAAAAACAAGGACGUAAACACUGAGGAAAGGGGCCAAGGCAGGGGUGGUACGAUGUGAAGGGAAAGGUGAGAAGCAGGUGCAAAAGAGAUCUGACAUCAAGAGGUCUCAUGGUCUUUAUAUAGCAAGUCAUUGACCUGGUGGUGGCAAAUGGAAGAUAUCUGCUGGGGAAGUCCAAGUAUGUAAACAGAGACACAUGGAACAUGUUGGGGCUUGACUUUGGGAGGCUUUUAUUUUGAAAGGCUUCGCUGUAUAGCAUUAUCUAAUUAAGUCACAGUCAAAACAAAAAUGAAAGGCAAUAGUCAAAUUCUGUUCACUGGUAUUUCAUCAGUAGUCUGUGUUCACCUAUGUAGGUAAGUGUUGUAUGUGUCAGGCACCCCUGUGUAAUCAUUUUGGUGUAUGUGUGUCCAUGUAGGUUUUUGUUUCCUCUUCUUUUUUUAGGAAGGAAACUCCCACAUAAACGCUUCUCUUUGUUUCCAAGACAACUAUAAAGAAAACAGCUUUCAGGCACAGAGAAUUGCUGUAAAGUCAGCUCUCCACCUGAUAAAGCUGCAUGAACACACACACAUACAAACACACACCAGGCUUCACAAUACAAGACCUUUCUUCUACUGAAUGAAGACAGCUGCUUGUAUCUGUGCAGUGCAGCCGAGGGGAAUGACUUGUGCUUUUCUGCAUUAAUAGCAAUGCUGCGAAUCACUUUUGUCAUUAAGUAAAAGGGUAAAACUUUGAUCUAAGAUGGUUUGAGAGUUGGUGCAGCUCGUUAUGUAUUAAAUUGCCCACCACCUUUUUACAGAGGCUCAUCUUUAGUUAAAGGUCAAUCAUGAAAGUCUGUCUGUGGAUUGAACUUUCAUCCAGUUGUUUCUGAAAGGUCAAUACAGCGAAAAUAUUGCUUAUUGUAGUCCUGUGGGAAUCAGUAGUUUGGAGUGACAUAAUGUGGCGCCACAUCAACAGUCUUACUUCACUUCCUGGGAGCACUGAGCCAGGUUGGUGUGGAUGUUGUGUAACUUUAGACCCUCUUGUUCAGCUGAGGUUUCAAGGAGAACUUAAACGGUUUGAUGUCUGACUGUGGCCUUUGACUUGACAGAAAAACCUGAGGGGUUUGAUUAAGAAUGGAAGCAGUUGUUUGAAAGAGAAGUGUUUCAGUAAAUGUCCUGUUUCAGAGAGAAAUCAAUAGAAGAGCAAAUAAGUGGAGCGUGAACAUGCUGGAGGCUGUCGGGGACUAAAUACGUCUGUACUAGACUUUCUGUCCUCUUCUCCUGUUUCCACUCUAUUGCUCAUGUGUCUCUGCCUAAGCAAGGACACAUAUGCUCAACACCUAGAAAAGUAUAAAAACUGGCUUUAAUUUGAACAUUUAGUGUUGUUUCUGUUGAUAUUUUAACCUAUUGAAUCAGAUCAGACAGUGAUUUUGUUCUUGCCAGUCUGAGGCACACCACACCCUCCUGGUAUCAACACCAGUUUCACUGCAGAAGUGAACCUGUUGGCCACCUCACACACAUUCAUGCGUUGUUCUGGCAGAGUUAAAAAGAAACUGGUUUUGGUGCUAUCCCACAGGAAGUGGUAAGAGAAAGCAGAGGUGGGGACUUGGCUGAGUUUUUACCUUGUAUCUUGAAAGCUUAUGGCCAGAAACUGGAAAUAAAGAGGUGUUACUCAUGAAGCAAAAGGAGAAGUGAUGAUUGACUGUAGGAGGUGUUAGCCAGAUUUAUAUUGUAGCUUUUAUUUAUGGUUGACAACUCAGAUUGGGGUAAGUUAUGAUAGUGUUUAUUUUGUUGGUUUAAAUACCUGGUCAGCAUUUGUAACUCCUAAAACCUGUCUGCAUCCAGCUUACACAUUCAACUGUAAUAAUAUAACCAAAUAUAUUUACAUUUAGUGUUCAAUUUUACAAGCUCGACUCUAUUUUCAUUACAGCCAUCCACGUGGCAUUUGUUGUAGAUUUUGUGCUUUGCAGUGGUGAAUCAGCAUCAGCAUGUUAGCAUUGUUGAGAUAAGAUAGCAUGCUUAUGUUAGCAUUUAGCUCAUGAAAUCAGAGCGACUCAGCUUACUGCGGCAUCAUCGUCAGGUAUAAACUCUGCUUAGUGGCUAAAAGUAAUUCUUAAUCUAUUUUGAGAUAGAUUAACCCACGUCUGUUUGCACUGAUAAUAUGUUUUUGGUUGUGUUAGCAGCUAGCUUAGAGAAAAGUUACACCUCCAGGUCCAGCACCUUCCUACUUUAAAGCCUGUCACUUUUAAUUUAAUUUGAGUAUACAGCUAAUAUGCCAUGCCGGAGUACUUAGCUUGAGUAGUUAUCAAGAUGAGCAUGUUUGGGUGUUUAUACUGAGCUUUAGGUGGUUUGUUAUGGUGUAAAUGAAUAUAUCUCAGGUUUUGUCUCUGGAGUACACAGCCUGCUCGAGGGGGAUAGCAACACCCUCACAAAAACAAACACCGAGCUGACAGAAAAACUGAACUGACCAGUAGUCAUGACAGGAUCUUUUCCUAGUCGAACCCCUCCCAGCAGACUUGUGUCACAGCCUGUAAUUAGCACUGACAUCCACCGUGUUCCCUGUUGAUCCUUCACUACAUUUCACAAGGAUUAGUUUCCUCUUACAGUCCUUAUGUGAGACAAAACAACAACCGGAAAAUGGGAAUUAGCUCCAUAAUAUGUGGUGAUUUUCAGUGAAAUAAGUAUUACAUGGUUUAUUUUAUUACAUUCUUAGAGCUCCACCAUAAUAAAGAUGGAGUUAAAUAUGAGGAAUUACAGGCCUAAUACAUCUGAAGUGACUUCCACUGCCUUUGGAUUUCUUUGGACUUUCACUUCCUGCUUCAAGCUGUGAAGAGGAAAUAGGACAUGAGUUUUGUCUGAUUGUCCCAUUUCCACAAAUCAAUAUCUUCUGUGUGAAUUUUUGGUGAUCUGCUCAGUGAAACUCAUGUCAGAUUGUUUUACUCUUUCAACAGCAAACGUCUGUCUUUGAAAAAGAAAAGGACAUCAUCUCUGUGGUAAGUGUGCAAUCUAUAUUCAUGUUUUUAUCCUGGUAAAAACAAUAAGAUAUUCUUCACAGUGAAAUGUGUUUUAUUUCAUCCUCCAGUGCCGUCAGAUGGUCGCAGUUUGUGAUGAAAUCCUAAAUUCUAGCUCUGAGUCCUUUCUUACUCACACUGCUGAGCUGGAGAGUGUCGACCUGGUUCCUGUCUCACCUGGGGACCAGCUGGUAAAGACUUAUUACUCUGUACUUUAUGGCUUUUUUAAACCAUGAGGAUUUUUGACUUUUAUGAAAUAGACUUAAAUUCAAAUUUGCGUCUCGUCACUUUUAAUGCAUGAAACUGGCGUGAGGAGGUAGGAGUCAGCCAAGCAGCUAAAAAAACAGCCCUGUUCUUACAAUUUCUACAUAAAAUACUCAAAAGUGAAGAGGAGGAGUUUUUAUUGUCAAAAAUAACACUUAAGCAUGUAGAGGACAAGAUAAGCGAAGACUGCUUUGUCCACAGGGGGCGCCAAAACUGAGUGCCCUUAACAUUUGAACCAAUCAAAAGACUCUAAAUGCCAUAGUGCAGGUUUUUUAAAAUGUAGUUUUGGUGUCUUUAGAUGUUCAGCUGCUGGAAAAUAAAGGAGAAAAAUUAAAAUGAAUGAUGCUGUUUGUCUUUAGGCUGGCACAGUUAGUUAGAUACCCAAUCAGGCUUGCUAUCAAUUUUGAAACAAGAUACAUUAUUGUGCAUUUCCCAAAGUAAACAGUUACUUUCUAUCUAGCUUAUCAACUUGGAGAAAUUUCUAAUUUUAUUUUAGAUUAUGUUGAAAUGAAUGUUUUCAGCCAUUUUUUUUAAUUAAUCCUGACAAUUUGUAGACACAGUUGAUUUAUAAUUCCAGUCAUGAUGAAUCACGAUAUUCAUGAAUAAUGAAACAGUCAUUUUUAAUCACAAUCAUCCAACUGUGAUUAACACAAAAUCUUCCACCAAAGUGAAAGGAGAUAUUUUUGAAGCUGUUAAUUACAGUCAGUAUCGACUCCCUUAAAGUUCUUUGAAGGUCUCCUUCAGAAGAUAUUUUUUUAACAACACCCUCUGGAGGAUUUUUCUUUUUUUGCCACCUGUUUGUCUCAUCUUUAAAUCAUACCUCUCUUUCUAUUUCAUCAUCUCACUACCCCAUUGGCUAUCUGAGCAUCUUCUUACCUCCUGUCUUAUUUUUUUUCUCAAUCAUGCUGCAGUUUUCAGUGUUGAUCACAACCUGGAGAUUUCCAUCCUGAUCUGUUUCCGCUCAUCCUUUCUUUCAUCAAACUCAAGGUUUCCUCCUUUGUUGUUUAUCAGCUCCUCUUUAAAACCUUCCUCACUCCUAUUUGUUCAUGAACCCUUUCUGUUUAUGUCCCUUCUCCCCCUGAUGCCAUGUAUUAUAAUUAUUAUAGUUCUUAGUCUACCUUGUCUAGUGUCCUCAUUUGUUUCUCCUAAGCAAUUUUCAAUACUUUUGUUCAAUUUCCUUUCCUUUGUGUCCUCAGUCCAUUAGGUAAAAAUGUCUUUCAUGUAAGAAGAUAAUAGCAGCCCCAUUUCCUGUGUUUCUAGUUCCAUCUCAUCACCUCAGAUGCUUCAGAAUAACAGACACUUUGUUGUCUUUGAGUCCCCAGACGCAUAUACCGUGUCAGGUUUUCAAUAAACUGUAGCAGGUAAUUUUUCACGAUGUUUCUGCCGUAGAACAAGGUCAUUUUUACAAAUGUGCUCGACAACAGACGACAAUCCCUGAUUAUCCCGGUCUGACAGAGAGGAAUUGAUUUGAGCACAUCACAGAUAACGAGGUCAGCCUCUAAAUGAUUGAAAAUAAUGGGAACAAAAGACAAAAAGGGGAGGCAAAAGGGAUUACAAUUCGCAUACGCUGAAUGUACAAACAAUGAAGUCCGCUUGUUCAUUCAUAAAGAAGAUGUGAACUCAUAUGGGAAAGGUCGCCUCCCAUCUUUUUUAACUUGCCUUAAAGUUUAAUGUGUUCCUGUCACAAAAAAAGAAAGUGAAGAUAGAGAGAGGAUGUCUGUGAUUUCAAAAAGAGGUUUAGGGACAUGACUAACAAAACAGUGACUCAGCUGUUAUCCUCAUCCAUCACUGAAAAAUGGAUUCGCCCUGUCACAGAAAAUGAUAGGUUUUGUGUAUUUCAAUGAUAAUAUAACAGCCUUUUGUUUGGACUGAGGAAAAGAAUAACAGAGUACUGGCACAAAGGUCAGGUCUAUAUCUCUGAAAUGUUGUUGUUGUGAAGCUAUCUCUGCUAAACACAGAGGAAGUCAUCAAAGUACCCCCCAAAUUAUAGUGAUUUUUGUCAAUCUUUCAUUUUACCACUAAGAUACUAUUUCUGAGCACUGAAUGAAGGAAAUAUGACAGCCUGUGUGCUUUAUUUGUGUCAGUAAAAACCAUUCACCACGACAUUCACCAGUUUGUCAUGCAUUACCUGAAAGCGAAACUCGAUGCAAAGUUUAAUAGUAAUUUUCCUCUGCAGAAAUUGUUCAGUGGAAGUCAAAGUGUCAAGAAUUUACACAUUUUUUAACUUUCCUCCUGUGUUAGCUUUACUACACACCCACUAUGUUAAGGGUCGGUUUCAACCCGUGUCUUAAAUCAGCUGUAAAUUACACUAAAAACAAUUCUCUAUCAUCCAGUUUGGUUCUCAUCUCUAGGUUACCUUGUUCGGCCUCAUUAUCCAUGAAAAUAUUGCUUAUUAUAUUUUUUGUUGUGGUCCUCUGGGCCUUUCUUUGUCAGUAUACCUCUCACACAUACAGCUAUACUGAGCUGAUUUCACAUGUCUAGAAAUGCAACAUAGUUUUUUGUGAGGGAAAAAACAGGCAAAAUGAGAAUAUCCUAAAUCUCACAUGAUUGAAAGAGGAUCUGACUGUCAGUGUGGUGCCUGACAGUGCACGUAUGAUUUUAGUUUUCGCUCUUAUUAUUAGAUAUUAAUCUAACCGGGUCAACAGCGACCCUAACACCACAAGUGCCAUAAUUUUAAUAAGAGCAUUUUAUAAUUUAGUCAAUUUAAUUUUUUUAGUUUUUAUUUUGUUGAAAUAGAGGUUCCUGACAAAGUCAAAAAGUCUUGAUGCAAAACAGCUAAUUUAAGUGGUUCUUUUAAGCAUUUAAAAACAAUAACAGGUCAGUGCAGACCCUAACACAGGAGGAGGGUUAAACAUUUUCCAUCAAAACUUUAAGAAAAUUUCAACAACACCUUUAGGACCUUUUUGGCAAUUUCCAAAAAUUUCAUAAAAUCUUUUGCUGAAUUUUUUUGGCAAGUUUAGUUUUUAAGCCAAGUCUAGAAAUUUUAAUUCUUAAAGAAAUCUAUGUGUUUAUUCUUGUCUUAUUAAGCAUCCAUAGUACCUUGCGUGACUACGGUUAUUAUCUGUUCGAUGUUUAAAUUGAUUGGGCACUGGCUUAACUUUGCAGAUGGCGCAGAUGCCUCAAGGUUUCUGUCUGUGUUGCAUUGAUCGCAGGUGCGGACCCUAGACCUUGACACUUAAAUGAUGGCGCUCUCCCCUCCUCGACAUUUCCUGUCUCUUCGUUUUUCAAUUAGAGCUAAAAAGCUCAAAAAUAGACAGAAAAAAAAUAUAUAUUCAUGUGUCUGUUCUCAUGUGACCUGUAACGAUUGCAGCUUUCUGCACUGUGAUCUGUUUGCUCUCUCCAUUAUGACCCAAAGUAAUCAAUCAAGGCAGGCUGAUGGGUAAUUACAGGCUGAGCCAUUGAUACAUCUGGAGACAGGCAUCAAUAUCGCUGCAGAAUCAAGCAGUCAUGACAGAAACGGUGCAAUGUUUAUGAGUCCAUUAGUGUGAAUCAUUGUGAGUCAGUGACAUGCAGACCUGACUCUGGAUUCUGCAGGUUUUAUCCCUCUGAAAUGUAUAAAGCAUCUUUUUGUUCCUCUCUUUCGCUCUCUAACAGGGAAUCGAGAUAACAUCUACGGGCUCCAGUAACCACUACGUGACCGGGACUGUAGUCGAGGUCAGACGCAUUCAUUUACUCUCCUGCUCUCCCUGUUUACUCAACUUACAAAACACACAGACACGCACACACAUACAGUUAACAAUUGCUCCCACCUCAGUGCUCUUAGCCAAUCCCCCCUGGAAAGCAGCAUGACUCAAAUUCAGCUCCUCUUGAACCAGAGACCAAAAGGUUAACUUCUACUCCGGAGAGGAGUCUGAAGCCUCGCAGGGUUUCAUUUUCAAAUCACCUGUAGAGGUCCCUGACAUGUCAGAGCGUGACAAAGGUAACAAGCUGUGACCACAUGGCUCUUUUUCAGCACAUAUUUCUGUCAGAGAUAAGACCUUUUUUUAGCUGAAAAGCUGAAAGCUUGACGCAGAAAUCAAAGUCACUCUGGUGGUGCUCUUAUCUGGAAGGAUCAGGAUGUAUAUUUACAGGAAUAGAGAACAAGAAUAAAGUAGCAGCAGAAAUAUCCUAUUUUUUCCGACUCUACAUUUGUGACCUUAAACCCUUAUUUUCAACACCAGGAGAAUCAGUCUGCAAGUAUUUAUGUUUCUUCUAAGAACCCUGUUUAGCACAUUAGAAGUAUAAAAUUUGGAUUUGGAGUCGUUUAUCAUGAAAGGCUGAGCUGUUUACGAGACAGAAAUCCCCCAGAACUACAUUUAAAUGGCAUUUUAUUUUUAGUUGUGGGCUUAUCUUUCAUUGCUUCUCUGCUUUGAAACGGAAACCAAUCUGAGCCCUUGUGCUUCUGAUACUUUGUAUGAUUAAUACUGUAUGUACUCGUGGCUGCAGACUGCGAUCUGCUCAUGAACAGGGAUCUCUUAACUAUAACACGGCUUGCAACAACUAUUUGUUUAAUUAGUUAAAAGUUUAAUGUUCUUUGUUUCGUAUUUUACCUAAAUAAGAUAUUUUUUUCCAUUGUACUGUUUUAUAUAGAUUAGGGAACAGGGAAGGUAUUUAUUCACUGCUGAAUUAUUUAUACUCACAGCAAAUCUAGCUCUGAGGAUUUAGAACAUUAAAAGAGUCUCAUUUUUGUAGUUUAAUGGCUAUUUGGCUUCUCUGGGAAAUAAAACCAUCCCAUUGCAGAAGCAAGGGUUAAUGAAUUUCUGAGAAAACCAACAAUCACUGGGGCCAUAAGGCUUUUAAACUAAACUGGAGAGCAGAGCAGGGUUGAAGGAGUGUUUAUCAGCCUGAAGAAGAAGAAGAAGAGGAAGAAGAGGAGCUCGUAAACUGAGUGAGGGUAAAGCUCUCCUGAGGGACAUGAAGAUGGGAGAUGUUAUUUUUCCAUGAUGUCAACAACAAAGUACCCCUGACUCCCCUGCUGCUGCUGCUGCUGCUGCUGCUGUUACAUCACUGCAGCUGACUGCAACAAGAGACGUGACCACUGCCCACACUCACUAACAACACAUGCACGCACGCACACACACACACACACACACAGUGGAGCUUUUGUGCAACUAUGCAGUCUUUCCACUGCUCCACACAGAGAUUCAGCCACACCAAGGUGCUUAUUCUUUGCAGUAGUCCAUUAUUUAUGGGCUGUAGUUGAAUUUAUAAAGACAUGGCACCCAUGUGGUGGAGUCAUGUGAAUUCAGAAGGUAUUUAAUACUUAGGAUCAACUCAACAACUGAUGCUUCAAUCAUGUUAUUUGCAUUUGUUCCGGUUUCUUUACAUGGCUUUAUUCGACACACUGUAUGUUGAAGUUGUUGGGUGGUGGAGUUACAAAUCAUGUUGCAAACUCUAAUACAACAUCACCAAUUUAGGGUUUCCAGUUACUCCCAGCCUCAAAGGAAAUUUUGCAACCACAUUAAAAGUUUUAAGAAUAACUAUAAAAAUGUUUUUUUUUUCCUGUAUGUUUUGAAAUGUAGAUAGUGUGAUGCCUGAAUGAGAUAUUGGAAAGCAAACAUACAUAGAACAAAUUAAAUUCAUACGUUUACUUAUACAGAAAAGUUGAUAAUACCCUUAUGCAAGAGAAGUGCUCUCAUGCAUCCACGAAAAAUUGAAAUGCACGUUACAGAAAUUGAAAAAACUCUCAGUGUGUGGAGCAAAAUAUGAAAUGAAUCUCUUAAAAUGAUAAACAAAUAAUUAAAAGUUAGAGCAGACAAAGCUCAUUUGUUUUGAAUUAAUCUUUGAAUUAUUUACUCGUCUUUUGCAGCCGUCAGCUGAUACUUUUGUGAAGAUCUUGGCAGGUGAUGAAGUGAUUCAAGUCAAUGACCAGAUAGUGGUAAGAGCUGCAUUAUUUAUACUACUCAUGGACACAAUCCUGUUUUUUUAUUGUGUAUGUGUGACGAUGCAAAUAUGAAGUGUGAAGUGUCUUAGCUCCAAGGUAACUGAGAAAAACCUCUGCACCUGGGUUAUUCCUGCAAAAUGUUUCAGUGUCUGAAAUAAUAAGUGUUACCGGGAAUAAUGAUGUGUGUCUGCUGCUGCUGCUGCUGCUGCCUCAGGUGGGCUGGAGCAGAGCUAACCUGGUGAAGAAGCUGAAGGAGAAUCCCAGUGGAGUCACUCUGGUCCUGAAGAAGAUUCCUGGAUCACUGAGACGCAAAGACUCGGUCCCGCUCUCCCCCACACAGGUUAGGGGUCAUUAAAAAUGUUGUCAAUGCCAGUAUCAUCCCCCCAUCGUUUUAAAUUUACCAGAGUGAAAGUUAAAGCUGUAGAUGAUACAGAUCCAGACACAGAAACACAUCGUCACCCUAAUAAAAUAAUGGCCUAAGUCAUGUUUUGAUGAAAAUUAGUUUUUGGCCUAAAUCAUCUUAUGAUAAUGCUUAGAUCCAUAGUUGAAAGGAUCAUGCCGUGCCAUGACCCUCUAAACUAAGGAUUUAGGUGAUUUUACCAGAGAUGGCCAGCAUUAUCAAGAGGUAAUUUAGGCCAAAAACUACAAUGACUUAGGUCAUUAUUUUAAUAGAGUGACAACAUGAGAAAAAACAAAACCCUCCCCCACUCAUAGCUUUGGUUGCAGGAAGAUCAGACUCUCUGAUUUUGAACAUUAAAGGUACUUUUAGGGCUUGUUUCCAUUUAAAGCAUAUUUUGCACAUUUCCAGAGCUUAUUUUCUCAAGCAUAAAAGACCCCCAGCAUCAGCUGAUUUUGAUCACCGUGCUAGCAAUUAGAGACAGUCAUAAUGAGGGGUUUAUACUUGCAAGUGCAGGGAUACUUUUUCUUUUGAGUGUUUUGACUUUUUUUAAAAGUCCAUUAAGUGCAGGUCAAUAAGAAGCAUGUAGAACAUUUUAAAACACACUCAACAAAGGGGGGUAGAAAUGAAAAAGGAGUAACUUGACUAACCUAACAACGGUAAGCAUCAGUGUAAAAUGUAAAAUGCACUGAAAUUAAGGUUAUUGGUGCUGUGUUGCAAUGCCUAAAAAAAUGCUGCUAGUGGACACAGGCCCUAAACUCACUAAUAUCAAGAUUUGUAUUGAGUAUAUAGAAAUAAGUGUUUUAUGUUGUCUUUUUAUGGUAAUUGCAUUCUUCUCCUUCUUACCUCUUUACUCUAACAUGACCUGAGAGGUUUGAGAGCACAAUUUAGAACAUUUAAAAAAACUAUUCAAAGUAAUUCAAAGCUAACAAUAUCAUAGAUGCGCCCAGACCACUUAGAUUUUCCACUACUCUGUGUCUGGUUUGGAUCCUUUCAUCUAUAGUUGAACGUGAAAUCAUCAGUAAAAGAUGGAUUGUUCACCCACUGAUCCUGUGCAUUUCCAUCUCAUGAGAUUCUGCACUAGUCACUCUGCAGACUGUCUUUAAACUGUAUGCUGAAUUUGCACACACACACACUGCACAUUUCACACCCCCUUGUGACCCUCACCAUGUUAAUCUGUGAUCAAGCUGCUGCCUGAGGGUGAGGAAGCACACAUAAGGAGAUGUGAAUCAGCUGAGUGUAUCAGCUCACUUGAUGCUCGGCUUUCAGAGAGACUGUGUGUGUGUGUGUGUCCCUUUCUAUAAGCCACAGCGAACACAAACAGACACCUGAGGAGAAGACUGCCAUCACAGUCCACAUGAUGUCCACCUCCUUAUCCCUCCGCUAACCUCUAAACAAACCCACGCGGUUACAGUUUACCGUGUGCGCUCAUGCUUGUGUUUCUGCUUAUUGUUUCUUCUUAGAAAGAGGAAGAGGAGACAGAGGAGAGGUCAGAAGAGGAGGAGGAGAACCCGAGGCACUCCAUAUUUGAGAGGGUAGCAGCUUCUGUCAGGUCACUGUCUUUUAGGUAAGAACUGGAUCACUUACAAGCCUACAGCCGGACAUUUAAACAAGAUUAGUUUACAGGCAUGAUCAUAAACUCAUAAGGAGAAGUUGACAGAUUGGAAAUAAGAAGAAAAUUUACAGCUUUUACUUCGCUGACAGAGAGCCGGUUUCAUUUUAGCACUUUUCACAGAUGUGGCACAAACAGUAAGUGUUGCUGAGCCCGCAGCACCUGCAUCCACACUUUUAAGUUCCUUUCCUCAUGGUCUCUUUGAAUGAUUCAUUAUUUAAUUACUGAGCACCUGCUCUUUUCACAAUGUUUUCAGAAAACUAGUGUUGUGAUUUAGCACCAUAAAGACGAAAAUUGAUUGAUUAAUUGAAGCCUGUAAUAGAAACCUUAAUCUGCUGCUUCGUUAUUGGAAACACUCAAAUUUAAUCAUCUCCCACUCUAUGUCUGCUCAGGAUCAUUAUGCACACAGACCAUUCAGCCUCAGGGAUGAAUACAGAAGCUUUUAGAGAGAGAGAGAGAGAGAUGUCGCACAAUCAACAUUUUAUGUGUUUGGAUAAGAGCUACACAGGGAAUUUUCAAUGUAAAACACCUAACAUGACCUGAAUAAGCUAAUGGAGGGAUGUUAUCUCGCCAUAUUUAUAAUUAUAUUCAAUCUUUUAUAUGAAAAGUCGAUGUUUAAUAAGCUGAUAAGUCCACCUGAGAGAACUCGCAGUAUUCAGAAAAAUUGAAGCUCUGCGCUCCAGAGCAUGGUGGACGAAAAUUUGGUCCAAUAAAAACUCCAGAGAAUUUACCCGGUACAGCUGAGCCUCCCACGGACCCUUUUGACCCCAUUAAUCUGCCAGGACCCAGUAGGUUUGCGAUGAGGUCACACUGCAAAUGCCAUAAAUUCUUAUUCUAUCACACCCACCGUUCCCCCCUUGACUGGAAAUGAGAGAGAGGGAGGAGAAAGAGGAAAAAAAGUCGAUGGAAGGAGUUUGUGAGAGAUGAGGAAAGACACGAAUAAGGUGAGGCGGAAAAAAAGAAAAAAGGAAGGAGGGAGGAAAGAGAGUGAUGGAGAGGCAAGAGGAGAUGGUGAGAGCUGAUGGAGAGCAGGCGGGCUCAGAAAAAUGGAAGGAGUAGGCGGGGACGGCGCAUUAAAGGUUAUAAAUGAUCCUGUCACAUCCUGAUACACUUAGUCCAGUCUAAAGGGAAAACAAGCGCAAACUUUUGACUUCUGCCACAGAGUCAUAUUUCACCGCUUUAAAAACCUGUUCAUGACGUUACACUUCAUUAUAAUCUCUCUUUCUGUUGAAGACCGACAUCAUGGUGGUAAAGAGAGGCUUUUCUGCCAGUCGCUGGGCAUUAUUCAUUGGCUUUGAAUUCCAAAACUCUGACGAUGCAGCGUCUUGAAUUCAGCUUCAUGGAUUCGCUUUUGGACCUUUUUUUGUUUGUUUUCCUUUUCUCCAGGAAAGCCAUUCAAGGGCCAGAAGCAGCGCAGCAGCCUAUGGGACAGGAGGAAUCUGAUUUGUCCACCAACAAGGAGGCGGAGGGGGGUCUGACGGUCACUUCAUAUCAAAACCAGCAGAAGGGGCUGUCACCACUUUCUAUCACAGGUAAGAAAUCGCAGAGUCGAGUCAGGCCUCAGGGCUCUUUGUUCACUUUACUCGCUGUGACAUGAGCUGUGAUAGAAGAUCCUGCUCAGACAGAGGGGAUUUAUAUAUAAAUAUGAGACAUUAGCUGCCAUGUUAGCCCUCCAGAUGUUGGUAUAAGAUGUUAAUUAAAGCAGCGGUAGAAUACUAUUACACACGGUCUACAGGGAGUGAUAACGCUUUCUUGAUUUGAUUAGCUGCAAAAGGGAAUUGAGAAGGACCAAGGGGUGAUUUUUGGAGUCUGUGAAGUAACAGGAGCUCGAGAGUUUUGUUUUCCUCUUCAUCAUAAUUAAAAUGAUAAUAGAAAUAAAAUGUGAGUGAUUAUUUUAACAAAAAUGUUGAUUUGAAGAGGAUUUUAUUGAUAUGGCCAGAGUUAAGUAAAAGAACCACUUAUUAAAAGGAAGGAAGAAGGACAUUAACUAUCGGGUGUUGUCUCAAAUGAUUAAUGUACUUAUUUAUUCUAUUUAUGUUGUAAUUUAUAUAUAAAUAUAAUUUAAUUUUGCUGGAGACUGACUGUUUUUAUUGAGUAAAGGAGAAGGGAUAGGUUUUAAAAAAAAAAACAUAAUGCUUCAUCGUACUCCUUUUCGGACAUGUUGGGUUUGCAUUAUUAUUAUUAUUAUUAUUAGUUUUUUUUUAUUAUUAUAAUUAUUAUUUUAUUUUAUUAUAUUUUUACUUUUUUGCUUUGAUUAUUGUUAUUGCAAUUUUGAAUAUUCUCACUGGUUAUGUCUGUUUUCAGUUUACUUUUGGUGUUGCACGCACAUGCUCGAAAAAAAUAAAAAAAUAAAAAAUGAAACCAGGUAAUAAAAGCGUAUUAAAUGUCUUAUAUAGAUUCAAAGUGAACUUAAACUGUGUGUUUGAAUAUUUAAUGUUACUUGACAUAGUAUAUCCUUGCUUUUUUUAGGGACUGAGGUACAACGUUCAGAGAGUUCGCGGCUCUCUCCAAGACUAAGAAGAGAUCGGUCACCUUCACCCAGAAGUCCCUCCCCAUUUGAAUUCAGCAGUCAUUCCCCUCAGGGAGUCAACCAGGAGAGAGCGAGCGUCAGUUCCUGCCCUGAAAUGGUGGGACACACGGUGAGCAGAGAAAGACAGACAUGCAGAUAUUUUAAAGAAAUGUUUAAACCCCCACAUUAAAACCGACUAAAGUUUACUUUCCUAACUUGUAGAUAUAUAUAACUAAACUGUUGCUUUCUUUUUAGGGGAAUAAAGAAACGAAGAAAACCUCUGUAAAAGGUAAAAAUUGUGCUGAAAAAGAAAAACGUGCUAAAUUAGAAACACCCGGUUAAAGCCAAAUCAGGCCAGAGUUUGAAGAAUUUCUGGUUUAAGGUUUAAGUUUCCCACUUAUGAAUGGAUGAUCCUUCAGUAUAUGGAAUUCAUAACUUAUGGCCAUAACUUUCAAGGUGAGGGCAAUUUCAAAAACAGAGAGUAAGCCCCCACAUCAGUGAAAUGCUCCACAUCUCACUGCUACCUUCUCAGUGAUUUUUUCUUUCACCCCACCAUCCUUUCGUUCUCCUUCCAGGCAUGACGACGGCCCUGAGUCGGCGCCGUGUGUCCUGCCGUGAACUGGGUCGACCUGACUGUGACGGCUGGUUGUGGAAGAAGAGAAGGGACAGCAGUGUUUUCAUAGCCCAGAAGUGGCAGCGCUUCUGGUUCAUCCUGACGGGGCCUUCACUCUACUGGUACACAAGCCAACAGGUGGGAAAGAGAAACUACGGAGAAAUUUCAUCUAUGUUGAUCAAAUUUAAAGGCCUACAAACAAGAUCAUCUCUGCACUACCGGUUUACAACUAAAGCUUUUAAUUGUUUUCUCUGCAGGAUGAGAAGGCGGAGGGUUUCGUCAACAUCUCCAGCUAUAACAUAGAGAGCGCUGGAGAGCACAAGAGAAAAUAGUAAGCAUUGACUCCUAGAUGGAUGGCAUGAACAGACGUUUUUUUUAUCGGAAUAUGCGUGGAAAUAUCAUUUGAAGGUUUUAUUAACAUGGCUAUAAUAAUUAGAAACUGUUAAAGUAUUUAGUUUUUAUAGACAUAGCUUGGAGCUUUAAAACAGAGGCUUCAUUGUCCCCUCAUGCACAGUUAAAAUGCCUCUUGGGUUUAUGAAGUAUGCCUAUAUGACGCCAGAAAAUGUGUGAAAUGACUUCCUUAUUAACAGUUUAGAAGAGAGAGCGCAUAUGUUGUAUUUUAUAUUUUAUGAACAAGUGGAAGCUUAUCUCUGCUCACAAAGAGUCUGUCUGCAUGAAUUUUAAUUUCUCUUUGAUGAUUUCCAUGUGACCUAAAACUCUUUCCUCCUCCUCUUUCUUUUACUUUCUCCUCAAGCGUGUUCAAAAUGUACCACCCCAGAUUUCAAAACUUCUUCUUUGCUGCGGACAACGUUAGUGACAUGAGCAAGUAAGUUGGAUUGAUCACAGACAAAAAAAAGACUUGAUUCAGCCUGAGUGUCUUCUUUUUUCUCGUCUUUGACAAAGAACCUACACGGAUCAGUUAAGACUGUUAAGUGAUGCAAGUCUAGCCUCUCUGUGAACAGAUGCCUCAGAUAUAGAACCAUUACUAAUGAUAAUCAGGGCACGAAAGGGGUGAAAUCGCACUCUAACAGGUGUUGGUGUAUACCGCCCCCUGCAGGCAGCUCUUCACAAUCCUGUUUUUAAACCCUUGGCUCUCAUUGAUUCUCAUGUAAAGCUGUGGUAGCCUUAACAUCAACAUCACUCAAAUUGAAUUACUUGUCAUCUGUUUUGAUAAAGCUUAUUAUUUCUUUCCUUCAGGUGGGUUAAAUGUCUGAUCACAGCCACACAGAAGCAUAAGCAGGGAGGCCCAGAAAGUGAAGAAGGUGAAGAAAUACUCUGUAACUUGUAUUCACUCCUUUUUUUUUUUUUUUAACUUUUAUUUAUUCCACAAUGAGUCAGAAGAUUCAUCUUAAAUAACAACAAUACAUAAGUGAUUUUUUCCCCCCUCAAACCCCCAGCCCGCCCCCUCCAGUCCCCGUACCCCCCCCAAAAAAAAAAAAAAAAAAAAAUUCUCAACAAAUACAUACCAGAAAAAAAAUAAAUAAAAGAAAAAAAAAAAAAAAAAAGAAAAGUAAAUGAUGAUGAUAAUGUGUAUUUCUGUAUUCAGACUCCUGCUUAUCAAAAGGAGGCACUUAAAUGAGCAUCCUUAACGCAUUGCAAUACCUAUAAUACCUAUUUGACUUGCUGUGGAGUGUCUUGCUGAGAUAAAAAUGCAUUGUUGAACAUACGUCUCUUAAGUUUGCUCGUCCAAUAGUUUGUGAUUGUGUUGGAAUAGUAACCUGUAAGUUUGUUGCACUUAAAAAUCAUAUCAAAGGUUGGUACUUUUUAUAUAAAUAGUUUGACAGCUUGUUUAUUUGUGCGCAGAAUGCUACAGUGAGACUGAAUCAGAGAGUGAGAGCUCACCUUCACCCCGCAGAAGAAUCAAGGUCCGUGGAUUAAAAAAUGUACUCAUCUGCGCACAAAAACAGAUCUUCUGUAGCAUAUUCUAGAUCCUUAUAGGAGUCUUUUUUUGUGUGUGUGUGUUUCAGAAAGUGCAGUCCAACACUUUGCCUCGGCCCAAAGGGAAAACUAACAAGGUGCCAUUAUCAAGUCCUUCAACAGGGGGCAGCAAAGGAACAGGUAAGGAGUGCCCUCGCUUAUACAAGCUUUCUGUGCUGCUUUGUUGUUCUCUCUUUUAUAAAUAAUUCCUUCAAACAGUGAAAACUCAGCCUUUCUUAUUGAUGUUUUAAUCAUUUCAUCUCUGUCAUGUCUCACGCUGUCUCUAUGUUAAGGAGGACAAGUGGACGAAAUGGGCAUGAUGCUGAACAACAUAAAGGAAGGAGGAGUGACUUUGAUCGGCAGCGAGCAGCCGUUUACGCACGACCACUUCAGGAAAUCAUUCAAACUGCGUAACAAGAACCCUGUCAUUAAUGAGAAGGCACACACGCUCCGGGCCCUGCAAAGUACCCUUAAGGUGACUCAUUCAGUGGGGCAUGUGUCAGGUCCUCAGAUUGCACACAUUUCACAAACCUUUUUUUCCUGAAUCUUUCUUAACUUUCUGAGCAUUUGCACAAGCUCAAGGUUAAAAUAAAACAGGUUAUGUUUGACUUCUCAUGAUAACUCAGACCUCUCUCUCUCUACAGGCCAAAGAGGCCGAGCUUCUGCAGCUCAACAAGCUGUUGGAGGAGUCUGACCUGACGGCCUCAAAGUAUCGCCAGUGGAAGGAGAACAACGAGGAACUUGUUCAAGAGAUUGACAGACUGGCCGCACUCAAGGCCUCCAAAGCAGGGGAAGAAAGGACAGUGCAGGACACACCUGCUGAGGAGGUUGCCUUAGAAACUGUUGCUACAGAAACAACUACCACAGAGACAGAGGGCGCAUACAGACUGAGCCUCAGUGACGGGGAGCAGUUAGUGGAUGCAGAACCGGCUGAUGUCCUCCUGGAGAUUCCUCAGGGCUCUCCGAGCGAAGAGGACAGCCCGGUGUUGGAGCUCUCACUGGGAUCGUUGCAGGAUUCAAUUAACCGAGAGCUGAGUGAAAUGGCCGGGAGCGGAGAAGCUGCCGAGCACUACUUUUACAUUUAAGACCCCCCGCUGGAAGUGUCAAAUCACUGCAAAGUUGCUCCUUUGAGACAAAUGAGCAAUGCUUUAAAAAAAAUGUUUUUUUAUGCUGUAAAGUGAAGAGGUGCAUCCCACUGACAGGAUCAGCCCGAAACGCACUUUAAUCAGGGUUGUGGGUGAAACACAACAGAUUUGGACCUAAACUCCCUCCCAGAAAGUGAAAUGAAUCUUGGGACACAGAAAUGAACAUAUUGCCAAGUGUCAUUUUGACUUAAGUGUGUAUUUAUAAAAUUAUAAGACUGUUUUACUUCAAGAAAAAAAAGAACCUUUCUUUGAAUUUAGAAAAAAUUGUAAUAUAAGUCAUGUUUCUUUUAAAGUGAUAUGUAAAUACAGUUUUAAAAAAAAUGUGCAUUUGUUCAUUGAUACUACCUUAAUAAAGGUAUUCCUGUAAAAUGUUUGUUUUAAA